UUCAUGAGUCAUUCACCUUACCGAAACUGUUGCAAUGGCGGACGAAAUUCCUGGUCAAAUAAAGUAGCUUUAUACUUUUUGGAUAGUGUCAGUUAGGCUAUAUUCACUGAGAAGAAAACUGAGAUACAAUCAUGUCCUGGAGGGUUUUGUUAUUGAUGCUUUUUUUAAUAGGGUCGUCUCUGGGGAUAUCGGUGACCUGCCCUCAGAAGCAAUAUGUGACGAUCUUGUUCCAGCCCGUUGUAUUGAAAUGCAACUACCAGACCACAGCCACCCAGCCCCCCACCAUCACGUGGCGGUACAAAUCCUUCUGUCAGGACCCUGUGAGUGCGGCCCUCAACCCCAACAGCGUCACCAACCAGAUAGCCAACUCCAACCCCAACUACAAUCCCAGCACGGAGUGCACAGACCUCAGCCGCACUGUCCGCAUCGUGGCCUCCAAGCAGGGUAGCAGCAUCACACUGGGGGAGAUGUACCAGGGUCGCAGGAUCACCAUCACAGGCGAUGCUGAUCUGAGUUUCGAUCAGACUGCCUGGGGUGAUGGUGGAGUUUAUUACUGUUCAGUGGUAUCUGCUCAAGACUUGACUGGAAACAGCGAGGACUACACAGAGCUCAUAGUCCUGGGGAGGAUGUCAAACUCCAAAGAUCUGUUGCCAGGCAUUGAGGUAGUGGGUGUUGAAGACUGGCUGCUGGUGGUGUUGGUGAUCAUGGGGUUCCUCUUGCUGUUGAUGCUGAUUGGGAUCUGCUGGUGCCAGUGCUGCCCCCACACCUGCUGCUGCUACGUCAGCUGCCCCUGCUGCCCCGAACGCUGCUGCUGUCCCAGAGCCUUGUAUGAAGCUGGGAAAGCCGUGACGUCGGGGGUGCCCAGCAUGUAUGCACCCAGCAUGUACGCACCCAGCAACUACUCCCACCCCAGCCUGGCCCACAUGGUGCCCGUUGGUUCUGCAUAUCCCAUGAUGCCCAUCGUUCCCAGUCGCAACGGGUACAUGGCAGACUACGAUGGAGCCAGCUCGGUCGGACAUCACUCCCAGGUACCUCUCUUGCACGAUCAAGAUGGUGUGAAUUCUGUGCGUAGUGGGUAUCGAAUUCAGGCAAACCAGGUAGACGACUCGAUGAGGGUCCUUUACUACAUGGAAAAGGAGCUGGCUAACUUUGAUCCCACUCGCCCCGGAGAUGUCAAUGGGAAAUAUGAGAAAUUGACGGGAAUGAGUGAGGUGAGCUCUCUUCACGAGCCGGUGGACCCGCGCUCCAACAUGCGCGACGGGAUGGGCCGGGUGCGCAACCAGGCGAUGAUGCCCAUCAUGGACGUGGACGAGAACAUGAGCCUGGUGAGCAGCGUCUCGCGCCACACCGACCCCCGGUACCGCAACAACUCCAGCAGCCGUGGAAGGAGGGACAGAGGCGAUUAUAUUCCCAGCCAGGGGCGGGCUCACUCCAUGGACAACCUUGAUGACCUGGACCGCAGUUACCGUGACACCCACUACAGGGGCGGGGCUGACCGAGGGGGGCGUGGCAACUCUGGUGUUGACCGUGACGACCCCUGGAGGCGUGACUACUCCCCUGACGACCGUCGCCGAGGGGAUCCCUACGAGAGGCGGAGCCGUAGCCGUGACGACCUGCGAGACCUCGACCGACGCGACAGCCCCCCUCCCCGCGGAGGGUACGAUGACAGCUUCCUGGAGGAGGCGCUGAGGAGGAAGCAGCUGCAGAACCAGCCCCGCUCGGGUAGCCGUGACAACCUGGACAGAGCCAGCGACUCCACGUACCGCUCCGGAGGAAACAGGAGGGACCGGCGCAGGAACUCUGACGACAGCUUCCCCACGCCUCCACCCCCACUGUACACUGACACGGAGUCUCCCUCCUCCUCUAAAGGCAGGGGCAAGGGCAAUCUGCGCAAGAAUGGAGCUGUGAGUCGGGAGAGCUUGGUGGUCUGAGAGCGGAUUUCUUGUGUGUUCUGGAACACCUCCUUUUAAUUCUUACUGGAUGCUUCUCUUUGUGUGCUGAGAAUGAGGCCAAUCAAACCCUGAUUCAUCAGUGUUCAACACAAGUCUUCAACUCACAGCUACUGGUAGAUCAAUGUUGUAAUAAACAUAUUCUGCAAGGGAUGGUUUUGGUUUUUUUGGGGUCCCGCCCCACCCCCAAUAGAUGUUUGGGGCGUCUUCAGAAUAACAUUGCUUUUUUUUUUUUUUUAAUGUGUUAGUUUUCAUGGUUUCUCUGUAUGUACACACAGACAGUUUGCUGUCUAGAAAGCAUCGUGUUCAUCCACUGCCUCGAAUGUGUGACUGUAAGUGCAUCUGUAAAGAGACACUCGAGGCAUUGGCUGAACUGCUUUGUCUCCUGGACUAGAUUUCAUGUAAUAGUUGUUGGAUUUUAUAACCAGAUUAAUUACUGCAAUAGAAUCAGAUGAAAAUGUGUUUAGUUAGAAUAGUGUUUGCCAAUAUAUUGGUGGUUUUAUAUUCAGUUAACCACUAAUUCUGCAUGAGUAAAGAGGCUUGGUCCCACUGAAUCACUGUGCCACCCUGAGCAAGUCACUUAACCUCCUUGUGCUUUUAAAAAAAAAAAAAAAAAUAUAUAUAUAUAUAUAUAUAUACUCAAACCUUUUACUGCAUGCAUGAGUCAGAACUAGGCACUUAGCCAUACCACACUAAUACUGUUACCUGUGUUUAGUGUAAGUGACUCAUUUUUGUAGAUUUGUACUAUUGAUAGACUCCAAAGCACAGUUAUUAGGAGCCCAUGAGUUGGAGCCACUAACUCCGCUUACAAAUACGACAGACAGCCAAUGCUAUGUAGAUUUAAAUCUAGCAGGAGUUAGCUGGCAGCAUGGUGUCAGUAAAGAUGACAUUAAUAGAAUCAGAUCCUUCCAUAUUUAGAUGCGUAUUGACUGUGCAGCUAUGACAAUUAGGUGUGUAUAUUAGUUGAUUUACUGCAAUUGCACACACAGUUCUGGAGUGACUUGGUGUUCUGCAAGUCAGGCAGUAUUCUGUUGGGAUGAUCUCUGUGAAGUGGUGCUGACAACCCCCUCUAUUAUCUGCAUCGCAAAUCAAAGCGAUCUGAAGUUGUUUGCUUAAUGACAAUUCAGAGAGACAACCAAUAUCGCCUAUUAAGCCUGUUAUGCCUGAUUUCUCAGACACCCUGUAAGCUUCUGAUUUGGCUGAGAGCAGGAACUCGUUAAUGAUGCCUGAUGGGGUGUGAAUGUUUGAUUGGUGCAUUAGACAUCUAAUAAUGAGCAGCCCUGUUUGCAGCCAAUAGCAUUGCAGAGAAAUGUUAAUGCUGGUAAUUGUGUAAUUAAUUGUUUUAAGAUAAUACCUCUUUAUUUUUAUAAUUGCUUUUGGUUUAAAUAGGCUUUUAAAGAAUAUUGGCUAUCUUUUUUUUAAAUCUUGUAUUGACAUUUCAUUUUGCAAUUGUUUUUAUUGUAAAUGUCAAUUAUGUACAGUUUACUAAAUUUGCAUCAGAUUUGAAAUUGUUGUAAAUAAGACUAAUUUAGUACAAUGUUCGCAAAAUAUGCAUCUGUAUUGGUUUUGGUAAUGUGAAGCAUAAACUAUUUUUUAAGUGUAAA